CGAAGACCCAAGCGGCAUAGGCAGCGAGUCGUCUCGAGCGUCUCGAGCGUCCCAGCGGUCCUCCACAGUAGCGCUAGGUAGCUCCCCGUGUUCGUCUUGAACAGGGGCUUCUUCUGAGGCUGGUACGAUCUCCAUCCGUGCUCGGUAAGCGUCGCUACAGCGCAUUCAAGUCUGUCUAUCCACUGUCAAGGCCGCGGAAUUGCGUUUUUCGUUCUCUUCAGCUACUCACAGCACUGCAGAAGGAAUUACAGAGCUCUACUGAGCCUUAAUCUUCUUUUCUGCGGUCUUUAAAGCCUCGUGGGAGCUUUAGAAAGAGUAGAAACUGCUUUUUCCGAGCUUAAUCUAGGCAUUUCAACGUUAGAAAUGGAGGAGAGCGACGUGUACAUGCGAGAGGAAGGCGACCGCCCCAUGGAGCACUCGCCCCGAGGCCGCUACAUCCGCUUUGACAUCCGCUUGGGCACAGGCGCCUACAAGUCCGUGUACAAGGCGUAUGACACGGACCAGGGCAUCGACGUGGCGUGGAAUGCCAUCGACAUUGGUCUCUUACCUAGUACGGAGAAGACGCGCAUCAUCCAGGAGGUGCAGCUGCUGCAGAAGCUCGAGCACAAGAACAUCAUCAACUUCUACGGCUCGUGGUUCUCCAAGGAGAAGAACCAGGUCGUGUUCAUCACAGAGAUCAUGACGUCCGGGACGCUCAAGUCGUAUAUCAAACGUGUGCAGUUCAUCAAGUGGAAGAUCAUCAAGCGCUGGUGCAUCCAGAUCCUCGAAGGCCUGCACUAUCUGCACAGUCAGAACCCGCCGGUGAUCCACCGAGAUCUCAAGUGCGAUAACAUCUUUGUGAAUGGAAAUACAGGCGAUCUACGUAUCGGAGACUUGGGAUUGUCCACGCAGCUGGCUGUGGACAAGAGAUCCAAGGCUCAGAGUGUGCUAGGGACGCCGGAAUUCAUGGCGCCGGAGCUGUAUGACGAGAGUUACGAUGAAAAAGUGGACGUGUACGCCUUUGGCAUGUGUGUACUGGAGAUGGUGACCAAGGAGGUGCCGUAUUCCGAGUGUAUCAAUCCAGCACAGAUCUACAAGAAGGUGACGGCGGGGAUUCGACCAAAGGGACUGCAACGUGUGGUUAGUCAGGCUGCACGCGACUUUAUUGAGUUGUGCUUGUCACGUGGAAAUGGUCUGGUGGACGUCACGGCGCAGUAUCUGUUGGAUCACCCGUUUCUAAAGGCGCAAGACGAUGAUAACGACAUGGUGGAGUGUCUGGAUGAAGACGCGUUGGAGCGAGAAAGCAAGGAAGAACAGCAGCGGUUGGAGAGGGUGGCGGAGGAGUCAUUUGCGGUCGAGUUUAACAUGGAGAGCGGGUCGAAAGACGGCGCGGUUGUGGUGGUGACUGAGCGACGUAAACAGUUCCCGUCGCUGUCUUUAGAGCCGGAAGACAUGUCUGCUGCGUCUUCGGCGAGUGGUAGCACGUCGGCUCCAGCCAGUGCCACGAUGACGCACUCGCCGUCUCAGCCUGUUAUCAGCGAGAUGGUUGUCGCUGAUGAGCCUUUGUCGUCUGGGAAGAAGAGCGCUGAUGCUCAUGUGGAUCAAUUCCUCGCGACCUUGCCUGGUACCGAGAGUGCCAUUCAGAACACGCGGAUAAACAUCAUGGGCGAGUAUGCGGAGAGUCCUGUUGACUCUCCAGUAGCCAAUGGGAAAGAGACGCCGGAGCACUCGCAGUCGUUCACUGGAGAACCGUCAGCGUUGGCUGUCGAUGUGCCCAAAGUUGAGCCUCCUAACUCCGCUCCAGGGCUUCUGACGCCGUCUCAAGCGCCUCUAGCUCCAGUGCCGUCGAUGCAGCUCCCCGAACCUGUCGUGGAGCCGCAGACGAAUCUCGUCCGGCGCGCGAGUAUCCACGCACCUUCCGACCCUGCUCCGCCUCCGACUACUCCACCGGCGUCCAGCACGGCCAACGCUACCGCUCGGAAGCGCGUAAAGCGACAUGACAUCAAGGCUGCCAAAGACCCUGACAAUGAACACAGUAUCCUACUGAAUCUACGCAUCAUGAUCGACGGCAAGUCCAAGGAGAUCAAGUUCCCGUUCAAUUUAUUCGCGGAUAGUCCGCACGAAGUGGCGUGCGAGCUGGCGGUGGACGUGGGAAUCCUGGAACCGGAUCUGGAAGAUAUUGCGGAUUCGAUCCGUUUUUUGGUGACGGAGGGCAAGAUCAACAACCUGUCGGAUGUGCAGGAAGACGUGUGGGAAGAGGCCCCCGAGCCUCAUUCGUUCUCGUCCAAGCCGUUCCCGAAUGUAUCCAAGAUGUCGUUCGUGCACGUGCCUCCGGGAGCGUAUCAACCGCAAGCUUAUAUGAUGGGUGCAGCUGGCUUAGAACGCUCCCAGAGUGCUUCGAAUGUGUCAACUUCAGCAGUGCCAGCUUUGGUGCUUCAGAGCGCGCCGAAUACUGCGAGUCUGAAGGACCCAUCGUCCACGUUGAUGGUGCUGGAUGGCAGCAUGCCAGUGAAUAGCAGUAGUAGUACAAGCGCUCUUCCCUCGUUCCCCAGCAACGACGUGGCUCGAUCACCACCGCGUCCUGGUCUCCCACAUACCGCAAGCGAGUCAACACUCACCAAGGAAGCCUUGCUGAAUAUCUUGGAGAUGCAGGCACGUGGCGUGUCAUUGGGAUCGAUCGCUGAUCCGUCGUACGUCCAGCAGAUUCAUCAACUGGAAGAUCGGUUAAAAAUCGCGCGGACAUCGUUCAACGAGCAGGAAUCGUCUCUUGAAGCGGCAAUCCGAAGUGAGGAGGAGAAACAUCAGCGUGAAGUAGAGCGGUUUCGAAAGAAAAUGGAGGAGUUUGACAAGCAGCGAGCAGCUAUCGCUCGCCAGCAGAAUGGAGAGAGCGCUGUGCUGAGCGACGCCAAUGGCUCGUCGACCGCAUUGGACGAAAACCUGCGAUUGCUAGGAGAGACGACGAUGCAGAACCCCUCGACUAUGCUCGUGGAAUUUGACCAAGCUGUGGGUCUCCCAGUCGAUGGAUCGGAUGAAGAGCCUUCGCCUCCGCCGUCCGGAGCGUCUGUAAACUCCGAAGCUGCAUCGUCAGUGCCUGUAGACGAGCUGAUCCCGGCAAGCUAUUUACAAUCAGCGGCACCGUCGACAGCAGCAACGGACACGACGGCCAUGACAGCGACAGGGCUGUCGUAGUAGAGAAAACCUAGCGCAGCGUGUGAGCGAGUGCUGGUGUGUCGGUGUCCGUUGAAGCUGUCGAGUGCUUACUUAGAUUUAGUCGGCUCAGACGUGAAGAAGUCAUCACCAAAAGAAGGCGCCAUGGUGCUAGCCGCAAGCUCGCCAACGACCCGAGAGAAAAACGCAAAGGGUAUUAGCGGAGGGGGGCUGUAGCGAGAGGGAGCGAUGGCGGAAACAUGAAUGAGGGGAGUUCGUCUUGUUAUUGUGAGGAGAGGGAGAGCCGUGGUGGAUGUGAAAAUAUCAAUUGGCAGCCAGUCGGACGUUUAUUUUCC